CACCACAGAAGGAGAGGAGCUGUGGUUUCAGUUCAUUUACCUCUGUAAGCAGUAGAGCUUUCUCUCUGAGAGUCAGAACACUUUAUGAUGGAAUCUGCAGAAGACCAUCUCAGCUCUUUCACAGGAUCUGCACACCCUCCUCCUCCUGCUGUCUCGCUGCUUCUGGGGGAUGUGCAGACAGAAACAGCUGGAGGGACAUCAGGGUCUUUGGGAGAGAAACAUGUGAAGAAGGAGGAACAUGAAGAUGAAGGUUACCUCUGUUGGAUGUCCAGCUCUGUAGGACUCAUCAACCCUGUUGACCAACAGAAACAUAUAAAGAAGGAAGAACCUGAAGAAAUGAAAGAUGCCCAGUUUCAAGCCUUCACCUGCUCCUGGUGUUCACUUUCAUACACAUCUCAAAUGUACCUCCACAAACACAUCAGAAGAUGCCACUAUGAGCAGUAUAAAAGUCUGAUCACAUCCGGAGAGAUUCCAUGUGAGAGUUCGAUGCCUAAGUGCAGCUCCAGCAUUCAGCAAACAAUCACAUCAAAUCAAGUCGCUCAAUAUCCCUGCUCCCAGUGUGGGAAGAGUUUUGACCAACAGAGUAUUCUCCAUCAGCAUCAGUGCCUUCACGCUGGAGAGAAGCCAUACUGCUGCUCCCAGUGUGGGAAGAGUUUUGUUCGACAGAGUACACUUCAGCAACAUCAGCACAUUCACACAGGAGAGAAGCCAUACCACUGUUCAGAGUGUGUGAAGAGUUUUAUUCGACACUGCGAUCUCGUGUCACACCAGCGCAUUCACACAGGAGAGAGACCGUUUCCCUGCUCCCAGUGUGGGAAGAGUUUUAUAACCAAGAGGUAUCUGAAGGCACACCAGGUCAUUCACAAAGGAGAGAAGCCAUAUCACUGCUCGGAGUGCGGGAAGAGUUUUAUCCGACGGUCAAACCUCCAAAUACACCGGCGCAUUCACACGGGAGAGAAGCCGUACUGCUGCACAGAGUGUGGGAAAAGGUUUUCCCAGCAGAAUUCCCUCCAGCAACACCAGCGCAUUCAUAUAGCCGAGAAACCAAUACAGUGUUCCCAGUGUGGACAGAGAUUUACUUAUUCAGGUGCUUUUAAUGUACAUAAAUGCCCCAACAUGGAGCCAUCAGCUUGUGUAGCAUGAAAUAACCAAGGAGUGUUGUUAUAAAGCCUGUUUAUUAAGUUAGUGUGAUUUGCUAAAAU